GACGACUCAUGAUGACGUCAGGGAGUACAUUAGAGAAUGGGAUGUAUCAGCUGCCGUACAUGAUGACCAAUCAGAAGGCGGCGCUUUUUAUGAACUGAACGAGAGUUUAUGGCGAGCCUCUGGUAGACGCUUUCUGUAUCGGUGUGCCCACAUCACUGCCAGGGCCGGGACCCGUCCGGCGCUCCAUGUACCAGCAGACUGUGCUUUAUGUGUAAUUGAGGCGGUUGUAUCAGACAGGUAAUUGGAGGCUGCUGCAGUUUACACGUGUAAAUAGGCCGAGGUGUCCAUCUCCCAGGAAUGCUGCCUGUCAGUCAAGCUUUGACCGGGGUGUCACAUAAAAAACCCUUGGAUUUUCACAAGAACAGUUGGGUGAAAGGGAAAGAAAACUGUCUGAGCUCUCCGCCAUGUCCUCAGCAGGGCAAACAAAAGCCGACAUUGCAAAAGAUUGUGCUGAAGGAUCCACAGAAAAGCAAACUUCCAAUUCCCCUAAAAACCAGGGCACCCCCAGACUUCCAAAAGAUGCAUCAGGCCUGGCAGAACCAUUUUCAGAGGGGUAAAGCAGUGAGUAAAAAGUCUUGCACCCGUCCACAGCCCUUUAACUUCACACAGAAAGGAGAUCGGCAUAAGGUACCAGCUUCUACGGAUGCGGGGCUCUCUGUGAAUCCUCCAGCUAGUCACCGAGUUCGGGAGCCAUUAGCUGAAGUUGUCCUCGGUCUCAAAAAUCUGAAUUGCAAGGAUGCCAAUGUAAAGGAUACCUCUGAAGUAGAAUUUAAAGCAGACCCAGCAGCUCUCUUUAGCAUUUUGUCUAAUGUCGGCGUACCUGCUGCUGCUGGUAAACUUAGCCUGGCACAGAGGGUGCCUAUGAGAGUAUCGGCAACUGCUCAACAGUUCAGCAGCAGGAACAUGAUGGUCAGAAGCUCAAUGUACUCUAUGCGAAGCUGUCAAACUACAUCCUCUAAUUCAGACAGGAUGUCCUAUUUCUCCAAGAUGCAUACAAAAGUUAAUGAUGAGAAACCUCUGUGUAGACCAAAUGACCUUUUCAAAAGCCACAUCCCUGUUGUCCAUUCAAAGGGACCAGCAGCAUUUAAAAAGGAUGACAAACUCCAGUCACAGGAGAAUCAGUUGCUACAACAGAUGAACUCUCCUCCCCAUGUGCUAGUCCGUAGUAUAACCUCUCCACCACUAGCUAAGCUGGAGGUCAAUACAGCAAAGUCGGCUAUACUCCCUCUGGUUAUGGAAAGUGUAGCAGGCACUGCAUCAUCAUCAGCAGUAAAGUGUGAACAGUUAGAAGUAAAUGCUUCUGCAGAAAACUGUGAUCUUGUGAGGACUCCUGAGGACCAGCAGAAAUCAGAUGCUGGGUCUGGAGAAUUUGUUGCAGAUUUACAGGCACUGACCAGUAUCCUUACCAACACUGGUGUGUCCACUGGAAAUUGUGGGAAACUAAGCUUGGCACAGAGAGUCCCUGUGCCAGGUACAAAUGCUGUGUUAAAGGGUGGCAUGACCUGUUCUGGUUCUUCUGCAAAACAGGCCACCACCCCAACGCUUUCCUAUGGACGCAUGUCUAACAUAGCACUACCUCUUAAAGUUUGUCUUCUUUCAGAUCUGGUAUUCAGUCCCUAUCGUGUACCUAAGGCUAGUCAGGCAAGUGACCCAUCCCCUGGAGGGUCAGCUAGGAGAGUUCACAAGUUGCAAUACUCUACCAUGAAGUUCUCCCAGUUCCGUUCUGGUAUAGCAAAACAACCAUUCUUUCCAAAAACACCGAGGGCCCUGGCAUUAGAGAAUGCAAACAAGCGACUGGAUGCCGAACGCUCUGAUACUCAGAAUUCAGCAAAGUCCACUGUAAAGUGGGUUGAUGAACUCUCCCCUUCCCCUGUUCCUGGGGUUGUAGGUGAAAAGGAGCCUGAUAUGGAGCAAGUGGCAGUGCGGCUAUUCUUAGAUGGUGAAAGUCCAGGACAAGGAGACAAGAAAAAGCAGGAACUAAAUGAAUCAUCUGAUCCCUUGAAGAUGUUUGACAACUCUCCAGCUAAUUUACAACAGCAGCAGCAGCAAAUGGUUCUUUCUGAGACCACAGUCACUCCUGCUGAUGGAGCUGGGUAUUCUCAGGAUUUUCCUUUGCACAAGAACCAGCACCUUGCACCUUUAUCACAUCUAAAUACUAGUGACACACCACAGCCACCUUCCAACAGUGUGUCUUUUGUGAAGACCUCUCUGCCACUCUCCUUUCUCUCCCACCCAGCUGUAAAAGCUCUGCAGUCUAACACUUUAGGUCCACACUCCUUACCCACAAUUGCAAGAUUACGACUAGAAGCUACAAUGUCAUCAAAGCAGAGGUUUUGGGAUACCUACCUAGAUGAGGAGUGUGCUUUUUAUACAUCUCGAGGGACUGCUAACUCUUGUAGGAGAUGUAAUGACCCUGUAUCUAGUUUGCUGGAGCAGCAGGAUGACAUGCACUUUACUCCCAUUAAUCCUGGAGAUUCCUGACUGCUACAGAUUGUGUAUUAUGUAUAUAUAAGCAUUUGCACCAUGCUUUCUGGCCACUUUUGUGACUGUCAUAUGUACAGACCAAGAAGCAGCUCACUUCUUCCUUUAUUUAUUACCAGUUCCUUAUUGUCAGAGUAUAUGCCUGCAACCUGGAGAACAGUAGUUGUGGAGGGAUUUUAGUUCCUUUCAGGUCUACACCUUCCAUGGACAUAUUUUCUUGGUAUCAGAUUCUAGAUAAUGUUGAAAGUGAGCCAGGGAAGUGUCGGCAUCGGAUUGGAUGGUUCCUGGAUAUUUGUGUCUUCUUAGAGAAGAGGAUGAGUUUUGCGUCAAAAUAAUUCUAAUACGCCCUACACAUUGGCCGAUCCGCCGUCGAGCUGCCCGACGGCGGAUACGGGCGACCCGGCGGCGGGGGGGGCAGUGACGGGGGGAGUGAAGUUUCUUCACUCCCCCCGUCACCCGGCUGCAUUGAAGUGCAGGCAAAUAUGGACGAGAUCGUCCAUAUUGGCCUGCAUGUACAGCCGACGGGGGACCAGCGAUGAACGAGCGCGGGGCCGCGCAUCGUUCAUCGCUGGAGCCUCCACACUCAAAGAUAUGAACGGUUUCUCGUUCAUUUAUGAACGAGAUCGUUCAUAUCUUUGGCUGAUGUCGGCCAGUGUGUAGGGCCCUUAAGGCUGUCCUUUUACUUUUUAGUAUGGUCUUUUGGGGGUUUUUUGGCCAAUUUUUGUAGGAACAUUUCAGUACCUCUGUGUAUUUGUUUUUAUAACCCUCAUUUAAUUUUAUAUUAAUCAUAAAAUAAAUAACACUAUUUAUA